CUGUUCCAAAGGCAUUCCAGGGCAGAAAAGAGCAGGGGGAUUUUUUGAAAAGAGAGAUUUUCCAGUGGCUGGAAGCCCUGUUUGAUCCCUUCAAUAAUGUCUGAUCAGGAGAUGGAUGACUAUGACAUGGACAGCCUGUCUGACACAUCGCGGAUGAUCAAGGGACUUCCGCCUUACAACAUGGAUGAUCAGCUGCUGCCCAUGGAGCGCCGUAGCACCUGCGGCUGCUGGGCCUGGACAUGCCUGGUGGCAGCAAUGAACUCUUUGGCCUUCCUCUUGAACUUCCUCUUGAUGGCCGCCAUCUUUGCCAUCGUGCUCCUGCCCACCAUCGUGGUGGUCUACUUUGGGUUCCAGUGCCAUUCCCGGGUGCUCCACUCCACAGCCUCCUACUGCAAGACCAUCUUGGACGACAACAGCUCCUCCGCCCUGAUCAUCCUCGGCUUCGUCAUCAUGUCUCCGCUCAUCGUGGUGGCCAUGGCCAUCUACUGCGGCCUGGUCAGGCGUCUCCGGCUCUUCCUGUGCUUCCAGCCUUGGGCCCGGGCCACGUACAAGGGCGUGAAGUGGCGGUGGUACGAAGAUGGCGGGCUGUGCGGCUGCGCCAAGGAGUGGAGCAGCCAAGUCAAGGCCUGGGUUUAAGCGCUUCUCGCUCCUCGGUCUCCCUGCCAGCACACCCCUCUCUCUCGUCCUCCAAAUCUCAUUUUCCCCAUAAGGGCGCCAUGAAGAAGCAGGCAACGGCUAAACCAUCUAGAGGAAACUUCCAUGGCUUCUUCUCCUUCCACCAGGGGGCGCUGGGCCUCCCAUCGAUUCUGGAACUUUCCAUGAGAUGGAGCAUCUUGCUUUCACCAUGAACUCUGAGGUUCAUCUUAGGGCGUGAGUCUGGGGGACAUUUUCAGCCAUUUCUUCUGCCAAGCAACCUUCUGGGGUGGGCGGAGCAACAAAUGGGCGGAGCAACAAAUGCAAAUUUUACCUUUGGAAAGUGGCCUACACACACACACCUCCAUCCAGGCAAGCAAGAAUCAGAAUUCAAGGACACAUUCCAGGCCAGGCAAGAACAUUUGAGGAGGAUGCAAGGCUAAAUUGGUGCAGUGUGUGUG